CUGUUUGAAUUUAGCCUAUACAUUUACAGAUCGGAGUCGGUGAAGCCUGAUGGAUUCUACUCAGCUUAUGGAAUGAUUUGUGGAAUCAAGGUGUGCAGUACACCUGUCAUUGUUGCUUCAACUAGCAAGGGAGCUCCUCCCUCGGUUAUCUUUGACUGUUCUUUCUUGUUACCACUAGUCCCGCCUGAAAAUGGCACUCUGCAAUUCUCAGUAUUGUCGCAUCCUGGCGGCGGCAAGAAGAGUAGACCAUUGGGAGUAUCGGCGUUAUUCUCAUUGCCUGAUGCAAGAUCUCAUGCUGAUGCACCCGAAUCGGGCUUUACUUUUCGCGCUGCACGAUAUCGAAUCAAGGUGUUAUCACUGGAUCAAUAUGCUCCUUUGAUGCAGUACUUGAGGGAGGGAACAGCUGAAUUACUGGAAUGGGCAUCAGAUGUGCUAUCUAUACAGCAGCGAUCUCUCCUUUGUUGGUCAAUAGUCUCACUUCUCCUUCCUACUCGAGAUGAUCUGUUGCAUCUGAUUAGGUGA